AUGAGCAAGGAGAACAACAUACUACACCCUCGCGACCCGGCGCAAGUGAACUCCGACCUCUGGCCUGAAUUCGAACUCAAGCAAGCCUUUGUCUUUGACCCAGAAGACCCAGACCGAACACCCGUGAGCUUACUACAUGCUGGACACCACCGUCCACUCUCCAUCUCUGGAAAACUCGAACCACCCAAUGCACAAAACAUCCGAUCCUGGCUGGACAAUACAGCACGCCGCACAGUCCAGAUCGAGCUCACAGACAUCAAAGAGUUCUCGUAUGGCGAAUAUGGAGACGGGUCGCUCGACAUUUGGGCUGCUGGACAGGCUGGCUGGUUCGCCAUCCGACCGAGCAGAGCAUACAGGGACAUGUACAGCGACAUGACCCAGGCUCUGAAGUUGCUAUAUUUCAUGGCCGACAGUUACAAAGCUCUGAAACGAUACGCUGAUCUGUCGGCCCCUUACUUCUUCAAGAAGUGCAGCGUCGAAAGCCUUGAAGGAUGCAAAGACGUCGCAGAUGUUGCCGAAAUGUUUACUAAGCAUAGACAUUUCCUAAUCGCAUCCAUGUUGACCAACAAGGAGGGCUUGCAGUGGUACCGAGUACCCCUCUACACGUGGUUCCAGUCCACGUUUCCCGUGAGGCAGCUCACCCCUCUCCCUCCGGCUCUAGCUAACUCAACCUUCAGNUCCGACUUUCUUCUGGUACAGUCGAGGAUAAAGCCACCGCGAGCAAAAUCGUCGAGNCCAAAAAGCAGUUCGCAAUCUCCUGCUCCGUCAACAGCAAGUUUGAGGAGGAAAAAGGCGACAGCUAAACAACAGAACAUGAUUCCCAAAUCCACCGUUUCCAUACGCUCGGGUCGCUCGACUAGGUCAACGAGAUCUCAAUCGAAUGCAACAAUAGACUCCUUACCCAUGAUCCUCGACAACACUUCAGAAGUAGAACAAAUUCCGGAGGUCGUGUCGGCGACAGAUCAGACAAACAAUCUCGUCGAUCAGAACAUGUCAUCUAGCGGCGAUGAGAUUCCUACCACUGGAGGCAAGGGCAAAGGAAAAUCAGCUCUGAGACCAAGGCCCAGCAAGUUUGCUCCACGGCCAAGUAGUGUCCUCAAGGAAUCCCCUUCUGCUAUCCGGGGUAAGAAAGCAGCGCCCCUCGUUGAGUAUCUUGGGCCGGAAGCCAUGUCGAUUGACAGUCCUCCCAAUGAGACAGAGGAAUCAAGCGACAAACAGUCCGAGGACACAACCGAAGACUCAGACGAUGACGACGACGCAACCAGGACAGAACCGCGCGAGACCUCUUUACCCUUCCGUUUUCAGGAUGCAGCGGACAAUGGUGAUGUUUGGCACUGUCCCGUCGAUGGAUGCAUGCAUAAAACAUACGCAGCUUCAGAGCCGAGCUCACAACUGCUGAUCAAGAGGCACUCGCAGACUCAUGAUUUCGACCAUGACGAAAGAGUGCAGUUGGUCCGCCGUAUGGAGGCACCAUAUCUGCCGGUAAACAGGUUGAUGGACAGAGUCAGNGGCAUGGCCGCGUCGAGCGAGGUUCUACCACCCAUCACCCAACGCUAUUGA